AUGAAACGUAUUUUCUUCCUUCCAUUCUUACUCUUUUCUUUUAACAAGUAUACUUCUUUUGUAUACUUCUCUCACUCAUACAACUCACUUCUAUUAAUAAGCAUUGAUACCCUAGCUUAUAAAACAGUUAUAAUAUAAAAUUUCGUGUUAUAUUACCCUAAAUUUACAAAACCUCCAAAAUCAAACCCAUUCCUUCUUUCUUUUCUAUUCCAUAAAUUCUUCCUCCCAAUCUGCAACAUCCCCUUUUUUUUGGCUCUUUUAGCUUUUCUCUAUAUAUAACGGAAAAAAAUGAGCAACAAUUCAAACGGAUCAGAUCUGAAAUCACCACCGUAUGAUUCAAAUGCGUCUACUGAAGCAGCUGAUGCUUCCGAUGCCGGGUCCAGCCAACGUCGUAAAGGGGGUGUCAUUGAUAGUCGACGAGCAGAGCAAAACCGUGCAGCACAGCGCGCUUUCCGUCAACGUAAAGAACGUUAUGUCAAGGAGUUGGAAACUAAAGUGCGGGACAUGCAAGGGCUGCAGGAACGUGUGGAAAAGCUUGAGGAAGAAAACGAGCGUCUACGACAACGGAUCUGGGAAUUAGAACAUCGGCCAGCGACGCCAACAGCAGGAGCAUCUUUAACUUCUGCGCCUGCUACUACUACUACUACUGGAACUUCAAAUGCUAGUGCCGCUGUUGCCCCAAAUGCAACAGCAAUCACAGCACCACCACCACCGUCUUCGACUACAAACAGUCCAUGGACGAGACCUACUGGUCAUCACCGACACGAGUCGUCAUCACCUCCACCAUUAGCACAUCCACAACCACAGCAACCAUUAGCAGCAACAACAACAACAGCAUCAUCAUCGUCUGCAUCCUCUACUGUUACAACUCCCUCAAGUACUACCAGAGCGUCAUCUCUUUCAUCACAUCAUCAGCAUCAUCAUCAUGCACCAUCACGACCACAGCCGUAUCGUCAUCAUCCGUACUCGCCGCCCACGCUGCCACCUCCAUCGUCAAGUAUCAGGACAUCGUUACCCUUACGGUUGUCGCAGGAACGACCUUCACCCAAGUCGUAUAUGCAUCAUGAGCAAUCACAAUCAUCUUCAUCCGCAUCACAACAGCAGCAACCACAGGUACCUGGUGCAGAACAAGGACGCGUUCUCGAUGAUUUGAUCAGUAUUCUUCGUUCGCGACAUCGUCCACCCAUUCCCGUUCAUCUUGAAGCCCAGUCACCUUCAUCCUCAUCAUCCACCUCUCCACCUCCUUCUUCUGCUACUGUAGAUUCUCGAAAAAUCGAAACAUCGAUCCAUUAAAAAUUUUUACAUAUAUUACAGAAUUUCUAUAUA